CGCAUACAUGUCUGUGAUCUGGAGCUGUGAAGAGGAAUAAAUGUCCCUGUCUGUCUCCGAAUGGGACUGCGAUCAGGUCGCAGCCUUGCGGUUCUGGUCUGCAGUUAAUAUGGAACUGUAGGACUGCCGCGUACUCAGUCGGCCAUGGCCCUCAGCCUGUCCCCUGCGGCCGUCUGCCAGUGCUUCACCCUGGUGUCCCUCUGCACCUCCGUGGCCGACCCAAACUGGAUCCAAAUCAGCAACAGCAGCGAUCCCAACAGCAGACAGCUUAUCUACGGAGUGGCCUUCACCCUGCAUGCUGCACAGAAUCUCACUGACACAGCGCCCCUUGGUGGAGUGAACGGGUGGGGCAUGUCGCUCCUGUACGCGCUGGCCGGCGUGUGCUACAGCGGCAUCCUGCUCUCCAGCUCUUCCUUCCUGUUUGACUUCCUGGGUGGCAGCAGGACCCACCCCCGCCUCGUCGCCGCGCUGCACGUCUCUGCAGCGGUGUUGUGCUUGGGAACCAUCGGCGUGUGCGGCGCCUGCUUCUGUGUGAUAGUCCACAACCUGAGGAAGGGCCUGAUUGGUCGGUUCUGGGAUGGGGGUGUGUCUGGGCCUGGGGGGGCGGGGCUACAGCCCUACCCCGGGGAGAGCUUCUACAUCGCGGUCCUGGCCCUGCUCUUCUCCGGCGUGGCCGCGGGCCUCAGCCUGAGCGGGACGUCCCAGCCGACGCCGGGCGGCGACUACGUGCCCAUCGGGUCGGGGGACAGCGAUUCGGAGCCGCCGCCCGCCAGGGAGCCGGGCGAGGAGUUGGGGGAGGUGUUUCCUGAGUGAAACCGUUUGAGGAGAGAUCAGACGACCAAACCCCUCACCCCCCACCCGCCACCCCCCACCCUUCUGCCCUGGUACUAGGGUGCCUUUUUCCCAAGCCACACCCCUCAACCGCAAACCCCGGGUCCCCCGUUUCUGGGACCAUGCUGACUGAAACGCACGACCGAACCCCUGAAAGGGUUCCUGUAUGUGGCGAAUCGCUGUGCGUGCUAUUUUAUAUCCCACAGGUUUGUAGCCUGUGUUAUACAGCUAUGUGUUGGGUGAACUGAGCUUGCUGUUGGGUGAAAAUGUUGGAUCCAAACCCCUGGGGUCCGGCCCCAGAGUCCAGCAGGUCUUAACCGCUGCAAUCACACGCUUCCCUUUGAGGGCACGUUCUCUGUAACUUCACACUGUUGGUUGGGUCCUGAAGGAGAGGGGGGUUCAGAGAGGGUCCACCCUUUAAGAUUAAGCUGUUGCUCACAGGCCAUUUUUGUCCCCAGUGCCUGGUCCAGAGUCGGUUCAUCCAAACCAUAACUAAAUCCCAAGCACCGUUGUUAAAAGACGGAUACUGAUCCUGGGUCAGUUCAGCCUGUAGAGUUAACUGUGUCCCAAACACCGUUUGCGAUAGGGGCUGAUACUGAUCUGGGAUCAGUUGUUUGGUGGAGAGGUGCACAUUGACCAACUACUGUGUCCUUCAUAGCCACUGUGCACAUGACCCCACUGUGGGCUCCAGUCUGACUGUGACAUCACCCUGCCAGUGACAUCACUCCCUAGUGCUGUUACACACCAGGGCCACUCAUGAAGAGUGCCUGACUGAAAGUCGCUGAUCUGUAAUCAGUUGUGCCUUUCAGCUCAGAAUGGAUGAGCUCUGGACAUGGCCAGAGGAAAACUGAUCCCACAUCAGCGCUUGCUGCUUUAUGGAUGCGGCCCCAGGUCAACGCACAGUCAUAUCUGCCCACCUGUCCUCAUCCCAAAUUAACACGCCCAGAAAACCACCUCUCCUCUUCUUCUCAUCCUUUCUUCCUCUCUCAUUGUGAAGAAAGUGCCUUCUCUCUUCUUUCUCUCUCUCUCUCUCCCUCACCCACCCACUUUCUCAUUCUAUCUCUGAUCUCUAUCUCUCUCUCUCACACACACACACACUGGCACCAUGCUCCACCUUUGUUCUUGUUCUUCAAUGUUUCUUAAGCUUGUGCAUGAUCUCUCUACACUGUUGGUAUUAGCCUGAGAACUGCGCCCCCUGGAGUGUGGGCGUAAUCACUGCAGAUCCACUGGCUGUGCCAGCACUGGAACACUGGGGGUCGGCCGCAGUGGGCACUUCCCUUCAGCUGCUGCACAACAGCGCCUCCUCUGGCCAGCCGGGAGCCUGCAGUCUUCCUGCCACCAGCUGCAUAUGUUGUGUGGCGCCUGCGCAGCUGGGCAUAUUGUCUGCGCAGCUGGACUGAUGGACUACGCAGCUCGGCAGACAGACUGCUCAGCUCGGUAUACUGGUUGUGUAGCUCGAUGGACAGACUGCGCAGCUCGGCGGACAGACUGCGCAGCUGGACAGGCAGACUGCGCAGUGAAAAACAGCAGUGCCUGGCUGGCCCACAGUGGGGCAGGGCAGUGGCUUCGCAACGUUCCAUCACUAUAAUUUUAAACUCUGUUGCCCGUCCUGAGUUUCUGCCUAUGUAUUGUGUAUCGAUGUUAGUAAAAUUAUGUCAUUCGACGGGUACCGUCCAUUUAAACAUUAUAUGGAGUGAGAUGACAAGCCACUAACUGCAUGUAAGGAUGAACGUUAUUGUGAAGUAUGUGCAAAAUGCGAAGCAUGAUGUGUAUAACCUUAAACUGUGCCCCCUGGAGGCGCAAUGUGUAUAACCUUAAUCUUAAUGUUAUAACCUCCACCCAACAAGGAAACCUGAUACCAUGGUAACUAUCUUGUUAACGUAGAGCUGUAGAACUCCAGCUCUUUAGAACCCCGUCGUCUGCAGGGUUCUGUGGCUUCCUGUCUAGCUGCAGCCAUGGAAACAAGUUGCUUGAGCCUAUCCAGUCUGUGAGUUGAAUUAAGCACUUCAAGUGUCUAAAAAUGCACCACAAACCAGCGACCACUGUGGCCCUCCACAGACUGGAGUCUGGCACUCUGGCGUUGGUUUAUCCUUUUGGGUUUCUGAUUCAUAAAAUUGCACUUUUCGUCCAUUGGAGGUCAUAUACAUUUGAAUAUGAUAAAAUAUCACAAUAUCCAAAACAUAAGUAAUAUAUAUUUAAGUAUACAGUGUGUACAUGUCAAAUUGUAUCAAUUUUAGCAUAACUGUCCUCAAUUCUAUGUGUACAAUCUAGACAGUGUAUCUCUUUUUGGCCUUUUUAAUUAUUCAUCAGAACAUAUUCAAAAUAUGGUUCUUCCACUAAGGUCUUUGCCUGACUAAUUUUUUUUUGGAGCUCACAAUACAAGUCUUCGUGGACCAGUAGAUUGUGCAUUUUGAACUCUAGAUUCUUAUGAUGCUGUCCUUUUAAAUAUAGUUUUUUAAGCAAUGAGGCUCAUGCAGUACAAUGAAGGUGAAUUAAAAAAAAAUGGUUUCACAACCCUGGUCCAGGAGAGCCACAGGGUCUGCUGGUUUUCACCGUUACUGUUAAAUUGAGGUAAUUUAGUUGUGUAAUUGAUUAUGUAAUUGUAAUUGUGUCAUUGAUUAAUUAUCACUUAAUGUAGUCGAUUACACUAUUAAAUCAACUCAUCCUGAUUUCUUAGGUUUUAAUUGGCUUCUGAUUUUAAGGUGAAAAUAAAAACAAGCAGACCUCUUUUCUACCAGGGUUUGGGACCGUUGUAUUUCAGCGGUAGUGCAGGUUAUGUAAACGUGAAACCCUUGGUUCUGAAGUUUAACUGUUUUUUGUUUAAGGUGUACCUUGGGCCGUACCUGAACAAAUGUGGUGAGUUCUGCAGUCUUCUUGCCGCAGAGCAAACAUUGGUCAGAAAAUGUUCGAAUUAUUUUAACUGCUCAGAUGCCUUUUUAAAUUUUAAAACGCUCACUGAUCUGCCAGAAUUUUCAGGGAAAUGUUACUGACCAAAACACACAUUUUGUACAAUCAUGCAAAAUAAUCAUUUCUGACUGUGGGUGAAAAAUAUAUGUUUCUAUUUCUCUGUGUCAGUAGCCUUUUUUUUUUUAAUGUGAAGAAUUUUACUGGUUUCUGUAAACAGUUGGCCUGCUUCAUGUGUGUGACCCAGGCCUUCAGGACAGCUGUCUGAUUUUUAAGAUGGUCCUUGUGCACUGAGCAUGGCGCGUGACACUCCUGAGUAGAUGCCGGUGUAGUGGCGCACUCUGACCAGCAGAGGGCAGCAGUACGGGCUGCCCUGGGCUGAGCUGGGAGAUCACCUCAGGGCAGGGUGCUGCUGUGCUGGGCCACACAGUGUACAGGGGCUGCAGGGACCAGCGCAGCUGUGCUGUAAUGUGCUGUGACUGAAGCCGGGCGGGGGCGGGGGCAGGAUCUGCGCAGGUAUGCGCAGACCACGCAGCUGAGGUGGUCGACAUCCCCGGGAGGGCAUUUUGUUUUAUUUUUGUUUCACUUUUGUAUUGUGACUUAUUUUUUUCCCCCUGUCUGCACUGCACCAUUUGAAACGGCGCGUUUCUACGACUGAAGAGUGUUUUUAGUGAAUUAGGUUUUUAAAUGUUCCUAAGUGUUCCCUUGUUUUGUAUGUGCUUUGUACAGAGAGACUGUAAUCCCGUUUGUGUGCAGAGUUUUGCUCGUCCGUGUGUUUCGUGUGUCCCUGUGCUGCUUUCGGGUCGGCAGCGUCGUCCUGCUUGAACUUGUGUGGGGUCGUAGACUCAGACUGUUAAGCUCUGGUAUUUCCCUCGGCCAAUCAGGUGAUUGUGAAAUAUACCUCCUCUCUCUGUG